CCUUUCUAUUUGUUAGUACAAAACACACACACAAAAAAAAAAAAUGGAUGCAUUAAGGAAGCCUAAUGGUGCAAACUCAAGCCCUCUGACUCCUCUUGGCUUCCUUGAGAGAGCAGCCGUCGUAUACGCGGACUCUCCCUCGAUCGUCUACAACGAUCUUACUUACACAUGGUCAGAUACAUAUCGUCGUUGUCUACAAUUAGCUUCAUCCAUUUCUCGCCUCGCAAUAGGAAAAGGCGACGUUGUUUCAGUAUUAGCACCAAAUAUCCCUGCCAUAUAUGAGCUUCACUUUGCAGCCCCAAUGACUGGGGCUGUAAUCAACACAAUCAAUACACGUUUAGAUGCUCGUACCGUCUCGAUACUCCUCGGUCACAGCGGGUCAAAGCUAGUUUUCGUUGACUACCAGCUCAUUCCUCUUAUUCAAGAAGCAGUCUCUCUACUCUCGGAUGAAUGUCCUUGUCCACUACUCGUGGUUAUAACAGAUGAUGCACCUGCAUCGUUUAGUACUAAUGAUUCUAAGUUCAUUAGUACUUAUGAAACCAUGGUGGAAACCGGUGAUCCUGGAUUCAUUUGGGCCCGGCCCGAAAGUGAUUGGGAUCCAUUAACGUUGAACUACACUUCUGGGACAACAUCAGCCCCAAAAGGCGUGGUCCAUAACCACCGUGGGACGUUUAUUGUGGCCCUUGAUUCACUUCUAGAAUGGUCCGUACCAAAACAGCCUGUCUAUUUAUGGACUCUGCCAAUGUUCCACGCAAACGGUUGGAGCUACGUUUGGGGUAUGGCUGCGGUCGGUGGCACGAACGUUUGUCUACGCAAAUUCGACGCAUCAACUAUACACAAAAUAAUCCAUAAACUUAAUGUCACACACAUGUGCGGCGCACCAGUUGUGCUGAACAUGUUAACGAAAGGUGAAAAACUAAGCCGUACUGUCCGUAUAAUGACUGCAGGGGCCCCACCUCCUGCAGCCGUUUUGUUACGGACAGAAGCGUUAGGAUUUGAGGUGACUCAUGGAUACGGGUUGACGGAAACGGGUGGGUUAGUCGUGGCAUGUUCGUGGAAAAAAGAAUGGAAUAAAUUUCCAGCAACCGAAAGAGCUCGACUUAAGGCAAGACAAGGAGUAAGAACCGUUGGAAUGACGGAAGUCGAUAUUGUGGAUCCAGAGUCUGGAGGGCGAGUGAAAUGGGACGGGUUGACUCAAGGGGAGAUAGUACUAAAAGGAGGGUCGAUAAUGUCUGGUUACUUAAAAGAUCCAGAAUCGACCGCGAAAAGUAUAAAAAACGGGUGGUUUUAUACAGGGGAUGUGGGCGUUAUGCAUCCGGACGGGUAUUUGGAAAUCAAGGAUAGAUCAAAAGAUGUGAUUAUAAGUGGUGGUGAGAAUUUGAGUAGUGUGGAGGUUGAGUCGGUUUUGUAUUUGCAUCCGGCUGUGAAUGAGGCCGCGGUUGUGGGACGGCCGGAUGAGUAUUGGGGUGAAACGCCGUGUGCUUUCGUCAGUCUGAAAGAGGGACUGAGGAAGCCGCGGCCAACUGCUGAGGAGAUAAUGCAGUUUUGUAAAAGUAAAUUGCCGAGAUAUAUGGUGCCAAAGACGGUUGUUUUCAAGGAUGAGCUUCCGAAAACGUCUACUGGAAAGAUUCAGAAAUUUUUACUAAGGGAAAUUGCCAAAGAUAUGGGCUUUGCCUUAAAAAGCCGUAUAUAAAUUAGCUGCGGGUAACACUCUGUAAAAUUUGAUCAAUAUUCAACAUUCAAGUAAAAAUUAAGCUCCAAGUAAAAAACAUCUCUUUUCAUUAAUAAUCAUGUAUGUAUUCUAAACAAAAUAACUACCUCAUGGACGGUAGAUUGUCGAUCUUUUGUAAAACUGAAACCCAAUCGACUAAGUAUUACGGAGUAUCAUGCAAAA